CCUCCUAUAGUUGCGCGGUGUGUGUAGACGUUACUCGACCUCCUCUCUCCCAUCAAUACAAACUGCUGUUUGCCAUUUUUUUCCUCGACUUUUCUAAUCAUGUUUUAUUAUGGCUUCUAGACUGACAGGGAAUGUGAGCUCUAUAUGUAUCGUGGGCAGGCCAACGUUAAUGAAGGAAAGACAUUGCCCUUCUAAAUGAGAGCAUAGCUUAUAAACAUGUGAGGUGUUUCUAUGUAACGGAUAUACCUUAUUCUGGCAGCAUAAAAAAAAACAUGUGUAGGGAUACACAUUGUUGUGAUUCAGGGGACACGUAAAUAAACGUACAAAAUGACGGAACGUGCUGAAGAUAAUACCCCCGCCGACCUUGAAAUGACGGACGAGUCUGAUGGCGGUGCGUCACUGUCGCUUUCACAGUCAGGGCCGCUUAUGUCCCGAGACUCACUGAUCGAGGAAGGAGAUACGGACGACGUAGACGAAAUCGACAAUGAAGUUACAUCCGGUAAUGGCGGUGACUUCCGCCGGAAGUCAAUGCCAGCAAUCAUGAGACGCCUUAGUAGCAUACAAAGCACAAUCCGGACACAUAUCCGAAUUCAGAAUUUCUUAUUGAAAUACAUCCUUUUCUUCUUCAAUUUCCUAUCUUGGGUGGCGGGACUAGUCGCUGUGGGAGUCGGACUAUGGAGCUUAUUGGAUGAUGGUGGGAUAAUUGCGGACGCUGUCGACUUCGUUCUGGACCCGUCGGUCAUUAUCCUUAUACUAGGAGCCAUAACAUUCAUCGUGGCAUUCCCGGGCUGCCUCGGGGCUGUUCGUGAAAACAUCAUCCUUCUUAGAGUGUUUCAUCUGUCAUUGUCUCUCGUCCUCGUCGUAGAAAUUGUGGCGGGAACUCUCAUCAUCGUCUUCUACUCAGACCCAACAGCGCGGGAAAAUCUACGUCAUGCGCCGGAGAAAGUUUUAAAGAAAGCCAUCGUUCGAUACAAAGAUGACGAUUACUACAAAGUAUGGAUGGACAACGUUCAAAAACAGUUUAAGUGUUGCGGAGUGAGUCACACAGACGAAGGCUACAAAGACUGGCAGCUCAACAUUUACUUCAACUGUACCCGCCUGAACCCCAGUAUAGAACGAUGUGCAGUGCCAUUCUCUUGUUGUAUAUUCUAUCCUGGUGAGCGUAUAAACGUGAUGUGUGGAUUCGGGAAAACAAAUAAAUCGAAAAGUGACGUGGAAGACUGGAUCUAUACACAAGGGUGUGUGAAGGGAUUCGGGGAGUGGUUGGGUAAACACGAACAGAUUAUCCUCCUUACGGCCGGCGGGGUUAUGGCUAUGCAGCUCCUUGGAGUCAUCUUCGCCAGAAUAUUUGUGAAACGUGUGACAAAACAGCGCGCACGCUGGAAACAGAUACGUCGCCGCCAGCAGCGGACUCCUACUUAAUGUGCCUUUCUAUAGACUAUAUGUGACGUCACAUCCGGACUGUGACACCAAUUUGACUCAAAGACUGUGUUCAAGGCCUGUGUUUCUCAGGCAACUAGGAGUUAACCUCGAAAUGGUGAACGACAGAAAUGGUGUGUAAAUGGCAUGUUCGAUCCGCCACCAUCUUCUUCGUGGCUCAAUACCUAAAGAGAGAAGCGAGAUGCGCGUGCGCGUGCGAGAACACGUUCCGGAGAUAUGGUUCCAUCGUAAACAUACUGGUAUCCAUUCUUGCUGAAGCACGUGUACGUCAAGGACAGAGGGUCGCCAAAUACUGCUGUUUUAAUGAUGUCAUACUCGUUGUGUGUGACGUCUUGUUAGUCUUGCAUCACGAAUAUUGAUGACGUCAGCUAUGCACUGAACUAUUUUUAGACUGGUGCGCUAUCUCUGUUUUGCCUUGUGAUGACGUCAUAUGUCGACCGCUAGUAUUCUGCAGUUACAGGUCAUGGAAUGGUUUAUGUGUGAUGGAAAAGAGAUCGUCUUAGACCGAACGCAUCAACGCAAGGACGAAAUUCCCGACACAUCGACAUCUGAAAUUGUAAUCAGAGAUCUUAACUUUUCGAUGCGAGGGUGGAUAAAAAUUCGACAAAAUGGCGCCCUACAGCGGUGAAGUUUUGCAAGGAACACUUGAUCCAUGACGUUUUAGUAUUUACCAAUAGGUUACCGUAGUUGUUCAAGUUGAUUUGGUUGAAAAAAACAAGCCUACGACAUGGAAAUUAUCGGCAAUCGCGUCCAUAAGAAUUACCCCCCUUUGUUAUCAGCUGGCGUAUGGUGGUGGCGCUACCUAAACGUGGUCGCGUGACAAAUGUCGUCUUAACUCGUGCGGGUCAAGUGUGAAUACGAUCUAGAUUAUUGACCACAAGGGGUUCCCGCCACGUCUACAGUCAGCGUGACCAGUUACCGCCAGUGACCAGUGGGAACUAAUUACUCCGACAUUUAAUUAUGGAAUUUAACAUUACUGGGAAACAACAUGUUUGGCUGUACUAUAAUCCGAUUAUUGUCGAGAUCAUUUUUACGUUUUGAGUUUUUGUUCUGUUGUAUUAUAUCUGCAUAAUAUGGGAGCUAUAGAAAGCUUUCUUUUCUCCUACUUUUCCGCUCCUUUAAUAAACUAAAUACACAGGUUUUACUUAAAAGGAUAAAUAGCAUUUACAUGUAACCGCACGACAAACGUUGUAAAAGAAAUAUUGUUGUUCCGGUCGUAUACUGAAAUGACAAUUUGUGAAGGAUAUGGAACAUAUUAAAUCUCGACGAGAUUUC